AUGAGUUUCAAUCCACUUUUGGACGUUAAUUCUUUUUGGUUCGUCACCAUUUUCAUGGGACUUAUGUCAUCAUUAUCCUACCAGGAUCCUGGUUCUGCUGCUGGUUCUAGUUCUGGCACUGGUGCAGGUUUUCAGAGUUAUGGGAAUUCUCAGGGUUAUGGUUCUAGUACAGGUGCGAGUGCUGGUGCUGGUGGUCCAGGUUCAAGAAUUUCGUCAUCCAGUGCAAGUUCAAGGGCUUCUUCAGCGGUUACAAGUUUCGUACAAAAUGGUGCUCUUGAUAUGAAGAAUCUUCGCAACGUCAUCAGAAAACUUUCUUCCGAGUUUUCGACAUCUACUCCUGGUGCAAGUCAAUCUGAUGCCUUUCUUCUAGCUUUAUUGCAAGUAUUCAGUGAAUUAAAUUCCAUAUUAAGUAGCGCAAAUUUUGGAUCUUCUGAUAAUAAUACACCUGAUCAAAGGGAAAACGAUAUUUUAUCUUCACUUUCACAAACAGUAAAAUUUAAAUUUAAAUUGUUAAUCACGAUCAAAAAAAUGAGUUUCAAUCCAUUUAUGGCCGUUAAUUUCUUUUCGCUCACUACUAUAUUCAUGGUUCUAAUGUCGUCUUUAUUGAACCAGGCUCCUGUUAAUGGUCAGAGCUCUUCUUCUAGUGGUGCUUCUCCUUAUGAUGCUAAUAGUGCUGGUGGUUAUGGCCAGGGCUAUGGUGCUGGUUCUGGUGCUGGUGCUGGUGGUGCUGGUGGUUAUGGCCAGGGUUAUGGUGCUGGUUCUGGUGCUGGUGCUGGUGCUGGUGCUGGUGCUGGUGCUGGUGGUUAUGGCCAGGGUUAUGGUGCUGGUUCUGGUGCUGGUGCUGGUGCUGGUGCUGGUGCUGGUGCUGCCGCUGGUGCAGUUUCAAGACUUUCGUCAUCUAGUGCAACCUCAAGGGUUUCAUCAGCAGUAUCAAGAAUCGUACAAAAUGAUCAACCUGAUAUAAAUAAUCUUCCCAACGUCAUCAGCAACCUUUCUUCCCAAAUUUAAGCAUCUAAUCCUGAUGUGAGCGAAUGUGAGGUCUUGGUUCAGGUCUUAAUGGAAAUAGUCAUUCACUUAUUAAGUAGCGAAAAUGAUCCUGAUUCUGCUCCUGAUAAUGUAAAAAGUGCUGACUUGGCUGCUGGUUCUGGUUCUAUUUCUGAUGCUCAAAAUGCUCUUUCUAACUCAGCUCGAAGACUUUCGUCAUCUAGUGCAACUUCACAUUAUGAUACUACUGAGGAGAAACAAGAAGUAAAACCUAAGAGAGUUAACAACUUACCGGAAGUCGAGACACCAGAACGACUGGGAAGUCCAUCAUUUUCCGAUGACUUUUCAAUUGGAUCACAAGCUUCUCGAACCUCUUCAGUUAUGAGUUUAAUUCAACCUCGAAACAACAAUAGAUCAAGACGAGAACCAGAAGAGCCCAGAACAAAAUCACCAUCACAAGAAAAAAUAAUGAGUUUCAAACAACUUUUGGUCGUUAAUUCUUUUUGGUUCGUCACCAUUUUGCUGGGGCUUAUGUCAUCAUUAUCCUACCAGGAUCCUGGUUCUGCUCCUGAUAAUGUAAACAGUGCUGGUUCUGGUUCUGGUUCGGGUGCGGGCUCGGGUGGUGGUUAUGGUCAGGGUUAUGGUUCUAGCUAUGCUGGUGCUACUGGUGGUGGUGGUUAUGGUCAAGGGUGGUAUGGUCAGAAUGCUGGUGCUGCUGCUGCUGCUGGUGCUGGCGGUGGCGGUGGUUAUGGUCAAGGAGGGUAUGGUCAGAAUGCUGGUGCUAGUUCUGGUUCUGAUUCUGGUGACAGUGCUGCUGCUGGUGCUGGUUAUGGUCAAGGAGGGUAUGGUCAGGGUGCUGGUGCUGGAGCUGGUCAAGGAGGGUAUGGUCAGGGUUAUCUGUCUGGUGCUGCUGAUGCUCAAAGUGCUGUUUCUAACUCAGUUUCAAGACUGUCGUCACCUAGUGCAAGUUCAAGGGUUUUAUCAGCAGUAUCAAGCCUCGUACAAAAUGGUAGACCUAAUUUGGAUAGUCUUCCUAAUGUCAUCAGCAACCUUUCUUCCCAGGUUUCGGCAUCUACUCCUGGUGCGAGUGGAUUUGAGGUCUUGGUUCAGGUCUUAAUGGAAGUAGUCGCUGCGUUGGUUCACAUAUUAAGUCAAGCAAGUGUCGGUAAUGUAGACUUAGGAUCAGCUAGCGCAACUGCAAAUACAGUUGGUAAUGCACUAGGCAACAUGGGAAAAUAGUGUACUGGUUUUUCCCAAUUAAUUCAUCUCUAUACUAAUCAGUUAAAAUUCUAAGUGUUGAAAAAACAAUUAAGUUUCAAGUUUCAGAUAUUUCUCGUUCUUUCUCAUUCUCAUGGGGCUUAUUUUAUCUUUCACUCUGGGCAAGGUUUCAGACACCAGGACAUUAUUUAAUUCCUAUAAUAAUAAUCAUCUAAAUAAAUUGAAUCAAAUCGGGGUUCUCGCUAACGGUUUGAUAAAUUAAUUUAUCAAACCGUUACUCUAAUUAGAGUAAUUUUCUAUGUAAUAUUCUUAGUAAUUAAUUGUCUAAUUAUUAGUGACCGUCUGAUCUAUGCUAAUAAGGCAUGACCGGUGAUAAAUGGAAGUUUCUGUUAUGAAUUAAACUGAUAUGUCUAUACAUAGUCGUUAUGAUUGUUCGAAAAUUCUACUUCCAUGCUUUAUCGGUCAUACCUUAAUUCAUCGAUCGUUUUAAUUGAUUCAAACCAUUUUCGAAAAAAAUUUGAUCAAAUCAGGUCAGAAUUCAAUCUUUUAUCCGAAUAGGUAGUGUUUAAAAAAACAAAGAACUUUAAUCCAUCAACAAAUUUCUUUCUUUCGUUCUUGUUCACUUUCAUGGGGCUUAUUUCAUCUUUAAUCUUUCACUCUGAUUCAAGGGUUUCCGACAUCAGAAUCUGAUGAUCACAAUACUUCAAAAAUGGAUAUUCUUGUAUUGGUCUUUUUAUUUCCAUGUGCUCAUUAAAAACUAGAAAAAAUUCAAACCUUAAUAAAUCAAGUUUCAACUGUU